GGAAAGGGAGGAAAAAAUCGUCGUCGAGGCAAGAACGAAAACGAUGCCGAAAAGCGCGAGCUAAUAUUCAAAGAAGAUGGCCAGGAAUAUGCUCAAGUGGUAAAAAUGCUCGGAAACAACCGAUUGCAGGCGUUCUGUUUCGACGGUGUCGCAAGAAUGUGCCAUAUUCGAGGCAAACUUCGUAAGAAGGUGUGGAUCAACGCUGGGGACAUCAUACUCAUAGGGCUUCGAGAUUUUCAGGACAAAAAAGCGGAUGUUAUCUUGAAAUACAACGCCGAUGAAGCUCGCAAUUUGAAAACCUACGGAGAACUUCCAGAAACAGGUAAUGUGUUUCAACAGUAUCUUUUUUCUGAUAAAUCUGAAACUGCGGAUGUGUCGGAAGGAACUGUAGGUGUAGGAAGAUGUUAA